UGCCUGAUAGGGUGGUGUUCACGUACUCAUUCCUAGACUCUCAUGCACGCUACACAUGAAAACCUGACUGUCACGUAUACCUACACCCUAUACCUAUACACUGCACGUGCUUUGAUUAAUUUUGACAGGGUGAGGGAGGAGAAAAAGGGAUAGAUAUAACAGGAUUUUAACCUCAAACUGGUCCUGCCUGGGUGUGGUGUGGCGGUGGCUUGUUAAGAAUUUAUGUGGUUGCUCUUCUUUCGGUUUUUGAGCUUAACGAAAAGAUGAACAGCAGUGAAAUGGAACUGAACUGAAGAGGCACCAGUAGAUGAACGUGGCGGAGAGAUGGAAGGCCAAGGGAAGAGAGGGAGUGGGGCUUCUUCACCCCCUCAUCCCACCAUAGCCCCAACACCCACCCCAGAACCGACACAUUCCCCAAGCCACCAAGGUUCUCCGUCACACCCACAAAGCACCCCGGAAACCUCAGACUCCCAUAAACACUCCUUUGAGGAUGACACAGAACUCUUACCAGUCCCUUCGGCGCCAACCUUACCACCCUCCCCUAACUUAGACCGCGCCCUGGCUCCUAGCGCUCCCAUAGCUGAGAGUGAGGACAUCGGGGGCACCACACCAUACUCCUACGGCUCCCCGCUGAACGCUCCCAGCCCACAGCCGCCUGGAUAUGACGAGAUGGGCGCGCAAACGGACACAAUUGACAGCGGUUUGGCGCGCGAUGCCAUUCUUCAUGAUCCCCCGCCUUAUUCCCCUACCAUGGCCCCGAAGAAGGUUUCCAGGAGGGACAGGACAUCAAGUAGCGCUGCCAGGGAGGGUGAAGUGCCCCCAGAGAGCCGUCCACUGCCUAAGAAGAUAAGGAUAGCUUUGAAUUUGGUGCGAGCGGCGCGGAGGCUGCUUGUGUUCCUAGCCAAAGUUGACGGGCACGGGAGGUUGUAUAGAGGAGAGCUGGUGGACCGCGCUAUACAGAGGUACGAGCAUUUCUGGAUGCCCUUAGCUGCCCGUCAUGAGAGCAAAGCCUGCAUGCCGCCCCUGGACGUGCAUUGGGUGUGGCUGGUGCACAUGUUGGCCCCGCAGCAAUACCGGAGUGACUGCAAUGCUCUCUUAGGGCGCCUCGUCCCCCACAGACUCAUGACGGAGGCGGAGCUGGGCGCGGCGAGGGAGCGUGGGAGAGUGCUGUGGGAGAGCACCUACCCUGAGGAGCCCUGGGAUGUGGAGAAAUCAACUCUCACUACAGCCAGUCCUUCAGUCAAUCCUUCAGUCAAUCCUUCAGUCAAUCCUCCCUCUCCUUCACUCACUACUACUACUACUACUACUACUACUACUACUACUACUGCUACUACUACUGCUGAUACUGUCGACUCUUCUACUAUUUCUAAUUUUGAUACUACUACUACUGCUACUACUGCUGCUACUACUACUGCCACAAAUAAUACUACAGUGCAAACGUCCGCAGAUGUUUACUACUACUACUACUUCUGCGCCUACGCUACUACUACUACUACUACGGGAAUCUCCUACGACUUGCGCUCCGCUAUUGGAAGACAAAGUGCUUUCUACUACCAGGUGUCUCUCCCUCACUACGGCAACAAGGGGUUUCUGAGGCAGAGCGAAAAGAGGUAUAGACAAUUUUUAGCAUUGAAGAGAGCCAAUCCUACCCAGUUUCUCGUGCCUUGUUAUGAUAUUGACCUACUCUGGCACUCUCAUAUGGUGCACCCAGAUGUCUACUGGCGGGAAACAACGGAACUACUAGGGAAAGGGUUACCUCAUGAUGACUCUGUGAACGACCGGGCGCCGGGGUCCAGGCUGAUGACAUCGGACGAAAGGACACGCGUGAUGUGGGGGCGGGCGUACCACAACACUUUCAGGAGGGAGGGCGCCAUGUACCGGGGAGAUCCGCCCUGUACCUACCUUCAUCCGGUACCCCCACAGGUGCACCACUCAGCGCACUCUUCAAUGUACCACUGUCAGGUGCUUAAGGUACGUGGGUCUGGGGGUGGAGGGGGUAUGCUCGGGGACUGGAUGGUGCUCAAGAUGUCGCCCAAGAGAAGGUUCAGUCGCCUCAUGAGAUUCUUCGGCAGUGGGGACUUUUGGUGCAUGGCGUACUUCCACGAGCUGAGUGACAUUAAGACUGAGGGAACCAUCGUCAAGGUGUUCGAGGACAGUGGUGCGGUGGUGGAGGUGACGCUGCAGGUGGUACAAAGCUACACAGAGUCAUACGUGCCCCUGGGUAUCCUGACAGGCCCCUUCAUGCCCACCCUGCUCGACCCCACCCAGCUCACCGCCACCCAGGGGAUCACCAUGCCAGGUCACUCCCCCUCCAGUGACCUCUACCUGGCUGACACGGCCAUACACAGACUAAUCAACGAAAGCAAUACAAACAAAUCAGUAGAGCUUUUGAAUGUAGAGGUGACACACUCCAGGCACUUGUCCAUGUCGUCUGUCCGCCUGCGUGUCCCCCAUGACGGCAAGGAGACGCUGGUGGCCAUGGCGCACACCCUUGAUGCCAACACCCUGCCCUCGCCCGCCUUGCUCAAGUGCCGUGAUGGGGAGAUGCAGAGUUACCAAAUGCCGAUGUGCGACCACAGUGCGGGGGAGCGAGCCAUGGUGAUCAAGACACACCGCGGGGACUGGGCGGUGCUGGUGGGGGCUUGGAAGGGGCUGAGGGGUGGCAUUCCUGGCACUAGAUUGAAGCGAGGUCUGCCUGGGAGUCCUGGUCAGCUGGUGGUGCGCUUCCACUGCCCCCCCUCGGCUCCAGCAGUCACCUUGACCCUGCCUUAUGAACGCCAGUACUACACGUUUAGCUUACACGACCUGGAGAUUGAUAUGAGGAAUGGUGUACUGAAGGUGAAUGCUGGCACAGACGAGUGGGUGGAGAAUAUAGCCUUGGGCCUGAGCAUCACUGUUCUGCACGUGUUAUGUCAACCGCGCAUGGCCGAGGAAAUGCAGGACUCUGUUGAUGGCGCCCUGGGGAGCACACCAGACCCCCUCACAUACCCACGACGCAUCCCUGUGGAGAACCUGAAGAUGCUGGGGGCAAUGGGGUUCUUCUGUGCUGCUGCCCCAACCAACGCACUAAGGAAGAAAGAAGUUUCCGACACGGUGACUGCCGCUUGUACCUCUCACGUUGUUGCUGGGAAUAUUGGAGCCGGCUGUGGUGCGUGUGGUGGCUGUGGCGGCUGUGGCGGGGGUGAAUAUUACAUGACGUACCUUAAUAGCAACAUGGGGAACUGGGUGAAGAGUGAUGUGGACAUGGGGGCCACAGGGGACACAGGAGAUAAUUGUGCCUGUCAUGUGGAUUCUGGCUUCGAUCCAUUCACCCACAUGUUCUCGAGCGAUGGUGGUGACUGUGGCGGUGACGGGGGUGACUGUGGUGGUGAUGGGGGUGGCUGUGGGGGAUGUGGGGGCUGUGGUGGAUGUGGUGGGUAGUGGUGAGGGUGUGGGUGAUCUCUGCGUGCCUUUGGGUGACUGCCUGCCUAUGUAGAGCCCUGCGACUUGCAAUGUAGUGGAUGGUUGCGAUGGUUCAUUAGCUUUCCUACGUUCAUAACACCUGCAAGUGCUCCUCAGUGAUAGUCUGGCAGUACGUCCUCACCUUCACUAGAUGACAUGGUGCCCACAGGUGGAAGUAGGGAGACACGUGUUAUAUGGAGAUUGCCCCAUGUAGGCCUGGUGGCUUCUUGCAGCUUCCCUUGUUUCCUUAUGUUCUUAUGUUCUUAUCACUACUACUGGGUAUUUUAAAAGCACUGUUUGUGAGAAGAGAGUAAGAGAAUAGGUCCAUAUAAGAUCCUACACUGAUAAGCCUUAAAAACUUACAAACUUCAGUACUUUUCACCUAACAAUCAAAAAAUGUUCAACUGGUGUUUUGGAGCACAGUUUGUGGAAGAUGACAUAGCUAAUGCACAAAAUGUCAUAUUGAGAUUUCUUGCCAUACUCAUAAGCCCUAAAAGUACCCUUAAAUUUCAGUACAUUUCACUUUAAAAUAAAACAAUGUUCAAACAGGGUAUUAGGGUAUUGUGAAGCACAGUUUGCCAAAGAUGAUAUAAUUGAUGCACAAAAUGUCACUAUGAGACUCCUCCCACAUUUAUAACCCCUUAAAAAAUACUCUUAAAUUUCACAACUUUUCACUUUAGAACAAAAAAUGUAAUAUGGUAAUGUAUUUUGGUGCACAGUUUGUGAAAGGUGACAUAAUGCACAAAAUGUCAAAAUGAGACUUUCUACAUUUAUAACCCAUGAAAGAGUUGAGUACAUUUCACUUUAAAAUACAUAAAAUGUUGCAGUAGGGUAUUUUGAAGCACAGUUUACAAGGAAAGGACACAGUUAAUGCACAGAAAUCAAGAAAGUGCUCUCCUACACUUAAACUUCAGUCUCUUUCACCUCUCAAUAAAAAAAAAAUCUUUCACAGGGUAAUUUUUCAGCACAGUGUUUGAGAAAAUGACACAUUUAUAUAGAAAAUGUUAUAAAACCUGAAUGUUCUUCUUUCACUGUAUGUUUCACUACAGAAUCAAAACAAAGCUCACAGGGUAUUUUGUAAGCACAAUUAGUGAGAACAAACAACAAGACAGGUGUUAAAAAUGUCCAAACAAUGCUUUCUUACAUUUAUAAGUGAAGAACAAUGUUGUUUAAAUGCAGUGCUCUAUAAAAAAAAAAUGAAAGCAACGCCCCCACAAGGCAUUUUUUAGUGAAAAUCAUAAAAAAAAAAACGUUGGCCAAAGUAGAAAAUAUCAAAAUAGGCUUUUUUACAUUGUAAGUUUUAAAAGAAAUUCUUACAUUAGUAAGCCUUAAAAUGACUGUGUAAUGGAGGCAGGCGGUGAAGGAAACACAGGAGUAUUGCAUCCCUUACCAGCUUCACAGUGGCUCCUUUGUACUCCUCUGAAGAAGCUGCUGUGAAAUUAGGCAGGAAUAAAGUACUUGCUCUCAACCAGUGUUCCCUUCACCACCUGCCUCCAACUUGCAACGAUGUCCUCACAAUGUUAGAAAUGUCCAAAUGAAUUCCCCUGCAUUAAGAAGCCUUGAAAAUAACAAUGGCUGCGGAAAUUGCAUAAAUGAGGCUUUUCCUGCAUUUACGAGCUACAUUUUUGUUACGUUUCCCACCAUUCUAAGCUUCACAAAGGACAGAAGCUCAGUGAAUAAAUGAAGCUUUUCCUGCAUUCAUAAGCCACACUUCUAUUAUGUUUCCCACCAUUCUGAGCUCCAUCAGGGAGAGAGGGUGGUGUAGGAAGCUGUCUGUGUCUAAGUGAGCCACACUGAGCCACACAGCACCGCCGCGCCACACGCCAGAUGCCUUCAGUACUCAAGAAAGACACCUCAUAUUUAUUUAACCCUUUCACUGCUCUACAAUUGUUCCCACACAACUUGUUCUGAAGACACACACAAGUAGAUUUUGGCUUCUUGUCUGUAGAAUCAUUUAGGAAACUAAGAAAAGCAAGUACCUAAAGAAAGUUGUUUUUUCCUUUUUUUUUUUUUUACUUUUUCAGCCCCCUAAGUAAUUCUACAGACUGGAAGAGACAAAAUUUACCUUCUUUUCUUUAUUAACUUUUCUCUAGUCUCCUAAAACAGCCUGGGAAAGACAAAAAUUCCUCUUUUAUUCUCUAUUUUUCCAUUAGUGUCUCCUAAAUAAUCCUAGUCUGGAGAACACAGAAACUUACAUCCUUUUCUUUAUUUACAUACACACACAGUUUCUCCAAUAAUCGUGCAGUAUGAUGAGGAAAAAUAUACCCUUUAUUCUCCAUGUAUUUUCUUCUACAGCCUCUUAACAAAUCAGAACAAAACGUGCCUCUUUUUGUCCAUCUGUUUUUCCCUGUAGAGUCUCUUCAUUAAUUCUUCAGCUUGGAAAUUAUCAAAUUGACUUCCUACUCCCCAUGUGUUUUCUACAGUCUCAUAAUUCUACAGCUUAAGAAUGGAAAACUUAUCUCCUGCUCAGUGCUUAUUUCCCUCCAGUCUCCUGAACAAUUUUACAAUCUGGAAAAGACUAUUAAUAUGCUGUUCUCUUAUGUAUUUUUCCUCUAUUCUUUUAAAUCUUCACUCUAUACCAGGCCAGCUAUCAUAUACAGGGUGGGCCAAAGUACCAUACACUUGUAUACACACCACUCUUAUACUAAUCAUACAACUUAGAAAAGACUGAAUUUACCACCUCUUCUCUCUUUCCUUCAGUGUGUGUGUGUGUCUUCUUGUCUCUAUGCAAACAGCUUAUCACAGUGAUCUGAAUACAAACAAUGAACAAGCUCAGCAGUGAAAGGGUUUAGUCAUAAGGAACCCGGCAGACUGUUGGAUCUUUUGCCACAGUCCACCGCAGCACUGGUUAAUGUUAAUGUUUUCAGAGAUAUAUUAAAAAAAACAGAGGACUAUUUAAUUAAGAUGGCCAUAUUUCCAUAGUCUAGUAUGAGUAGAUUUUAAUGCUGUUUAUUUAUUUAUUUUUUAUUUAUUUAUUUUUUUUUGCUUUGCUCAGAUGCUACUUUUGAAUCUUGUGUAGUGGGUAAGUGUGUAAUAUAUUAUGUACCAA